GUUUUGGUAGAAGAAGAAGAAGCGGAAGAAGCAACAACCGGAUUGUGUUUCUGUUUAUGGUCCUGCUUUAGUUAGACUAUAUACAUUUAAUAACAAUAAUGUCGACCCCGGCGAGGAGACGGCUUAUGAGAGAUUUUAAAAGACUUCAAGAAGAUCCUCCCACCGGUGUGAGUGGAGCACCAUCAGAGAACAACAUCAUGCUUUGGAACGCAGUUAUUUUUGGGCCUGUGGGAACACCGUUUGAAGACGGAACGUUUAAGCUGCUGAUAGAGUUUUCAGAGGAGUACCCAAACAAGCCUCCCACAGUUCGGUUUGUCUCCAGAAUGUUUCACCCAAAUGUUUACGCAGAUGGCAGUAUAUGUUUAGACAUCCUUCAGAACCGCUGGAGCCCCACGUACGAUGUGUCGUCCAUACUCACCUCCAUCCAGUCGUUGCUGGAUGAGCCAAACCCUAACAGCCCGGCCAACAGCCAGGCCGCACAGCUCUAUCAGGAAAACAAGAGGGAGUACGAGAAGAGGGUGACGGCCAUCGUGGAGCAGAGCUGGGUGGACGUCUGAGCUUCUCUCGCUCUCUCCUCCUCAUCUCCACCGCCCUCUCUUCAUCAUCCCAGUACUUCAGUCUUUCAUUUUUACCUCAUCAAGAAAAAAAUAAACAGCAACUAUAUCAGAAGAACUCAAGUGCCACCCUGAAAAAAAGGAAGAAAAAAAACAUCCAGAGAACAACCAAAUCAGAAUGGACAUCAACAUGCUUGCCAAUACAUUUGAGGAAAACGAGGGAGGGGAAAUCAAUCUUAUAUUUGUGUUUCUUGUCCUUAAUUUGACUUUUUUUUAUUGCAUGAUGUGAAAUAAGUUAUUGCUAACAGAAUUUGUAAUAUAUCUUUGUUGUUUGGUUGGAUUGAUGCAGUUAGUGUUUGAGUUUUACAGAUUUUCUUUUUUUCCUUUUGGAAGUUUUCCUUUUUUUUUUUUUGUAAUGUCUGCUGGUGUGCACACAACUUGGCUGUUUGGAAAGGGCAGGUUGAUGACCAAAUCAGCAUAUUUUGAAGAAUAACAACGCCUUUUUGAGAGUCGGUAUCAUUGUUGUUUUCUAAGUCAGCCACAGAUGCAGCUCAUAAAGAACAAUCCCCCGA